GCGAAACAAUGCGGUCGCCGUACGAAGAAAGCGCUGCUGCCGCCGACCACAAGUACCAAUACCAAUACACCGCGGCCAAUAAUAACAAUAAUUACUAUAAAAACUAUAAUGCGAAUGGCAAUGGGCAGGCGAAUGGAAAUGGCUAUAUAAGUGGCGCUGGCGGUGGCACUGGAACCGCCAAUGGCAAUGGUAAUGGCAACGGCAUACCUUAUCACGCGCGCGAGAACUCUCUGCCGUUCAGCUAUGGGAUAGCCAAAACACCGACGCCGCUGCGCAAAACGCCAACGCCGACGCGGGCGGAUAGUUUUCUAGACUUUGAUUUUGGCACCAAUACUACCAAUACCACCAGUGCUACCAAUAAUAAUGGGAGUUCGGGAGGCGAUAUGAUAAAGCCGCCCGCCCGCCUGACGAGCCCUUUGCUGGUGCGCAAAACGCUGGGCCAAGGCGGCAGUCCCACCAGCUCGACGAACACCAACACCAUUGCCAACACGUACCACUACAGGUCGAGCAGCGCGGCGCCGACGACUCCGACCCCGCUGCGGGACAACUUCGAGCAGCUGCUGCGGGAGCGACGGGAGAAGGUCUACAACGAGUAUAGGAGCCUGGACAGGGAGUCGUCCUCGUCGUCCGGGGAGCGGGAGCGGGCCAGAGUAGCUCCUCCACCGCCCCAGCGGCAGUACUAUCCCAGCGAUUCCUAUGGCAGCGGGCUGAGGAAUGGCAGCAAUGGCAAUGGCACCCUGUACCGAAAGAGCCCCUCGAAUGGUCAGUCCAGCAAAUACAACUACGACUUCGAGUUCAACCUGAACCUGGAUGAUGUCAAGCCGGAGCCCACUCCCUAUACCACGCGGAACAUCCAGUUCGAGGAUCUGCGACUGGAGCAGGAUGUGCCAGAUGGCGUGGUCAAUCGCCGGACCAUGGAACGCAAUUAUCACACAAUUAACAGCUUGGAAACGACCCACAAACGCCAGCCGCUGGAGCAACUGGGCGCCGUUUAUGGCCAGAACCACCUGGAGGAGACACUCACGCGCACACGUCGCGAUCUCUCCGCAUCCACAUCGACAUCCAAGUCCACCUCGCCGCUGCCAUUGCCGGCCAUAGCUGCGGCUCCAGCUCCAGCACCAGCUUCGCCCAUCUAUGCCACCAGCACGAAGAGAGUGAGCAACCCAAAUACCAAUGGCCAGCCGCAGAUGACGACGCCUAGUCCCACCAGCAGGCCAGAAACGCCCGCCUUUCCGGUCACGCCGCGCACUCCUUUUGGGGCAUCGUCAUCAUCCUCCUCGUCCCCGUCGGCAACGACCCAGUUGCCCCCGGAGGCCAUCUACCAAACAGGGCCACGCCGCGGAGUGCCACUUGCGCCGCAGCCGCUGGAGGUGCACGCCGACUCCGUGAGAUUCGCCCGGAGUUCGGCCAAGUUCUGGUACAAGCCCAAUCUGACGCGCGAGGAUGCCAUCGCCCUGCUGGCCUCCGCCCAGCCGGGCACCUUCCUGGUGCGGGAUUCCACCACGUACAAGGACUCCUAUGGCCUGGUGGUGCGGGUGGCCCAGCCACCGGCUGGUUCGCAGGAGCUCGUGCGUCACUUCCUCAUCGAACCCACCAAGGGGGGAGUGCAUCUGAAGGGCUGCGAUGACGAGCCGGUGUUCACUUCACUGUCUGCACUGGUCUUCGAGCAUUCCAUAAACCAGCUGGCGCUGCCCUGCCUGCUCCGGCUGCCCGAUCGGGACAUAGUGCCUCCGGUGAGGGCCACCACGCCGGCCCAGCAGCAUCUGCUCGCCCACGGGGCGGCCACCAAUGUACUGUGGCUUUACUCCUGCGACACGGAAUCGCUGACCGGCAAUGAGGCCAUCCGCAAGGCCAUCCGGCAGAUGUACGCCCUGCAUCCCGCGCCGCAGCCCACGGAGGUGCACUUCAAGGUCUCCUCGCAGGGGAUUACUCUGACGGAUAACACCAGGAAGAAGUUCUUCCGCAAGCACUACACGGCGGAUGUCAUCUCGCACUGUGCCAUCGAUCCGGAGAACCGGAUGUGGACCGGCGAGGGCGAGCUGGACAAGAAGACCAUCUUCGCGUUCGUGGCCAGGAGGUCGCACAGCUCCACGGACAACCAGUGCCAUGUCUUCUGCGAUUUGUCCGUCAGCCAGCCGGCGGCGGCCAUCGUCUCCUUUGCCAAUCGAACGCUGCCCACCGAAAAGCUGCGCAACUACGUCCUGUAGGCAGGGGGCGCGGCAAGGGUCAACAGGUCAGCGGGCAGGGUUCCACUUUCCACGCGGAGUGGAGUGGCGCACAGGCAGGCCAAUGGAUUCAGUCGCCUUUGCGGAGGAGGUGGAUGCCGGGCCCAGUGCUGUAGGAUGUACUAACUAAUCACUUUACGAAACCGUGUCUUGCGAUAUAAUGAGUUAACAGAAAUGAUGUCAGCCGUAGUUUAUUUAGACACGCACACACUCGGAAGGCGGCGAUAUUUAUGGCAAAGCUAAACAUAUGUACCCGGCACACAUGUGAAUUAUCAACUCGAAUUUGCCAAACGAACAGUGGGACAAGUGGGCCCUCGAGUCUGAUAACACCCAUUCAUUGUUGUCUAUACGCCCUGGGUAUUAACAAAGCCCAUGAAGAUUAUAUAACUCUCAGAGGGAACCACUGCAAGGAAUCUCGAGCCACUGUUUAGAGGUUGAGCCACUGAGUUGAGGGUUCAUAGGCGAAAGCACUUUGGCGGUGUAUAUAUUGUGUGUUUUGAUAACUAAACUAAUCUAGCGCAUAAGCCUGAACCCAUUAAUGUUAGUCUAGAAAGUUGUUGAAUAAAACCCAAAAGGGCAGGCCAUACCAGGCAGCUGCUCCCUAAUUUAUACCAGUAAUAUCCAUAUGAAUAUGUGUGUACGCUUAAGCUCUACUAAUGCAGUCAAUAUGAAUAAAGUGCAAUGUUGUUAAAUGGAUAGAA